GCGGGAGCGCGCGCCCGGGCUGCGGCGGCCACGUAGCGCUGCGGCGGCGCGGGGAGCGGAGCGGGGCGGCGCCUGCGCCCGGGGCAGCGGCGGCACCGCCGGAGGGGAGCGCCCGGCCCGCCCCGCCGCCACCCCCCCAUGGCAGCGGCGGGGGCGGCCCCGGAGGCGGCCGCGAUAAAAUGUUCAACAGUUCAUUGGCCAUUCUUCUGAAGAAUAAUCACUGCUGCUCUGCUUUUGCCAUAAUACCAGAAUCCUGUGACCUUCCCAUCAGUGUUAAACACCAGCAGGAAUCGUGUUCUGUUCGUUCUGUGUAGAUGGAACAGGCGCUGGUCUUGAGGGUCAAUCCUGAUGUAACGCUGCUUACUUGGUGUUCUGGGAUUAAAGGUGCUCGAUGAAUCAGGGCCCCCCAAAUGAGUCAAACGGCCAAUUCUUGCCAGCAGUUGGUUGAAAACUGUGCCGCGCAUGUAGCAGGGAUGGCGCAAGAGGACAGUCGCCGUGGUCAAGUGCCACCCACGUUUUAUCAUGGUGCCAGCCAGGAACUCGAUCUGUCCACCAAAGUGUACAAGAGGGAGUCAGGAAGCCCUUACUCUGUGUUGGUGGACAGCAAAAUGAGUAAACCACAUCUCCAUGACAGAGAGGAGCAGCCAUAUUUCAGGGAGAACAGAUCGGUAGGAGAGGUCCGGGCUGUGAAAGAAGAUAGAGAAAACUCUGACGACUCUGAGGAGGAGGAAGAUGAAGUGGCUUACAAAAGGGAGCAGAUUAUAGUAGAGGUAAACCUUAACAACCAAACAUUAAAUGUAUCAAAAGGGGAGAAGGGUGUCCCCUCCCAGUCCAAAGAGACUGCUGUUCUUAAGACCAGCAGUGAGGAAGAGGAGGGUGACAGUGGGGAAGAGGCCACUGAAGACAGUAGUGAUUAUGAGGAAAAUGAGAGGCAGAAGAAAAAGGAGAAAAGAGUGGAAAAAGGUAGUGUUGCACAAAGGAGAACGAGGAGAGCUGCAUCUGCUGCAGCAGCCACCACUUCCCCGUCACCCAGAACUACACGGGGUCGUAGAAAGAGUGUGGAGCCCCCCAAGCGUAAGAAGAAAGCUGCAAAGGAGCCCAAGGCACCUGUGCAGAAAUCAAAGUGUGACGAGAAAGAGACUUUAACCUGUGAGAAGUGCCCCAGGGUGUUUAACACACGCUGGUACCUGGAGAAGCACAUGAACGUCACUCACAGGCGCAUGCAGAUCUGCGACAAAUGUGGGAAGAAAUUUGUUCUAGAAAGUGAGCUGUCCCUUCACCAGCAAACAGACUGUGAAAAAAACAUCCAGUGCUUUUCCUGUAAUAAAUCAUUCAAGAAGCUCUGGUCCCUCCAUGAACACAUCAAGAUUGUCCAUGGAUACGCAGAAAAGAAAUUCUCCUGUGAGAUCUGUGAAAAGAAGUUCUACACCAUGGCCCAUGUGCGGAAACACAUGGUUGCACACACGAAGGACAUGCCGUUUACCUGUGAAACCUGUGGAAAAUCGUUCAAACGCAGCAUGUCUCUCAAAGUCCAUUCCCUGCAGCACUCUGGAGAGAAGCCUUUCCGAUGUGAGAACUGUGACGAGAGGUUUCAGUACAAGUACCAGCUGCGCUCGCACAUGAGCAUCCACAUCGGGCACAAGCAGUUCAUGUGCCAGUGGUGCGGCAAGGACUUCAACAUGAAACAGUACUUUGAUGAGCACAUGAAAACACACACUGGAGAGAAGCCCUUUAUCUGUGAAAUCUGCGGGAAGAGCUUCACCAGCCGCCCAAACAUGAAGAGGCAUCGCAGAACUCACACAGGGGAGAAGCCCUACCCGUGUGACGUGUGUGGCCAGCGAUUUCGCUUCUCCAACAUGCUCAAGGCACACAAGGAGAAGUGCUUCCGCGUUACCAGCCCUGUCAACGUGUCAACUGCUGUCCAGAUCCCACUGUCCACCACUUCUCCUGCCACCACGGUCCCUGCUGUAGUGAACGCACCCACUGCCCCGACUCCACCCAUCAACCUGAACCCCGUCAGCGCACUUCCUCCGCGCCCCAUUCCCCACCCGUACUCACACCUUCACCUACAUCCUCAUCCUCACCAUCCGCAUCACCUCCUGGUCCCUCCAGUUCCGCAUUUACCCCCUCCUCCGGCUCUGUUUAAGAGUGAGCCUUUAAAUCACAGAGGCCAGAGCGAGGACAACUUCCUGCGGCACCUGGCAGAAAAGAACAGUUCGGCACAGCACCACUAACGUCUUUGCUUCCUGCCAGCUGCUUUGCCAUGUUCUGCACAUGGAAACAUGCCCUCCUGGAAGCACAAAGGAGUCAUUGGUGAGGAUCCUUGUCUCAGCCCCAGCAGAUGGUCCUGAUUUUUCCCUAGAAUUGGUUAACAAACAAGGAAAUCACGUUCAGGAUUGGCAGUGCUCCUUCAAACCUGGGAAUCGGCGGGACUCAGACCCAAUUCGCUUGUGUUUUACUGAUGACUUUUAUAAAUUUCCGAUACUGAGACUUGUGGAGUUUUAUAAUUUCAUAUCAGCUGAUGAGAUAUGCUUGCUUUUAUAUCCCAGCCUUCUCCUCAAAGAGGAGACAGGCCUGGUUUCCUUUGUACUAAUCGGAAAGGCUGUGAGAUUAAUACAGAGCAUUAAUUGUACCACUGUGUAUCAUAAUGGAUUCUGUUUGGCUUUUGGAGCCGGCUCGGAGGGAGCCGGCCACAUACCACGGUGUAUCUGAGCAUUAUAAAGACAGACAGAAGAUGUCUCGUUUGUGUAGCUCUCCUAACACACUCUUUAUUUUACUACAGAAAUUAUUUUAGAGGUUUUUGUAUAGACCUAUUUAGUCUGUUUCUAAACUGAAAUGUAUUUCAAUACGCGGUGUAAUUUUUUCAGUGUAGCUGGACCUAUGUUGUAUAAUAGAAAAAUUUUUAUAAUCAUCCAAAUGUGAUUCUUAAAAGAUGCGUAAGCUUCUAGAGUUAAAGUUAUUCUUACAACCACACUAUUUAAAGGUGCUUCAGAGAAGAGAGGAACCCGAGAGGUCUCUGGAACGGCUGCCUCAGGAGGGAUGUUGAUUUUGGAACUUAUUUAUUUUAGUAGGGAUUUUGUGUUUUUCUGUUUUUUAACUUUACGUUUCCCUUAAGCUUUUUGGACAAGGACAUUGGGAUAGUGUGUUCCUGCUCUGUGGGUUUUCCUUAUUUGAAUUGGAGUGAGGAGCGCGAUGGGUCGGCAAGGGGAGCCCCUUAUGUGCAGGGAGCUGCCAGUUUGGGACUAGAAAGUGAGCAGGGCAGCGGGAGGGCCGGCUCCGGAGGCAGCACCUCCUCUCCCUAUGGGGGAGCCCCUUUCAGUGAAUCCAUGGCAUGAUUUGAGGCUGGGAGCCAACCAAGUGCUGCUCUUCAGGUUGCUUUGGGGGAUUCCUAGAGUCGCUAGGAGAGGGGAAUUAAAUGGGAUCAUAAAUGUGGUAUUUCUGACCGGUCGAUUGUAAGGAUGAGGAGAGAGGUUUGAGCGAGACAAUGCUGAUAGCGCUGUGUGCGCCGUGGAAGGCUCCGUCCCAUAGAUGUAAUGUGUGUGAAGUUAUGGGAUGGUGCCUGGGGGUCGUAGUCAUACUCUGGGCAAAUCAAAGUUUUACAGUUGCAGGGUAGGGGACACUGAAUCGUAGGCACGUGCGUGUCAUCGUCCUGGGAGGCAGCGAGGGGAACGACAAGUGAGCGCAGGGCUGGAGGGCUGGAAUGCCACACGUGUCUGUUUAACCAGUGAGGGGCUGUUAUCUUUUCAGGUUUCUAUUUCUCUUCAACUAAAACUAAACACAGCAGCAUUAUGCAAUCUAGGAAACCGUUGCCACCGUCAGUGAAGACAGAGGCCCGAGGCAGCGCACUGUAAGUCCUCUUUUCUUUAAAAUUCCUACUUUUCCAUGCUGCUUUUUAAAUUCAGUCUCACCAGACCACAUCCAGAGAUCCUCACGGGCAGGUGUUGGGCUGACCGUUCCGCUUGGCAAUGAACUGAGGGUUGGCGGGAAUGGAAUCAUUUUUUCUCCAAGACAGCAGAAGUGGUGGGAAUUCUUCCUCCUUCCCAGUUAAUGCUGUUAAUGGUGUUUUGAACCACCGUCUCUUCUGUCUGUGGAGAAUUGCCUCCUCGGUUGAUGUUUUUUCACCAUUUUCUACCACCUCACCAUUAAUGUUGUUUUCCAUAACAACCAUAGGAAACUUUAGGAAGCAGAAAGGGUAAUUUUGGCCCAACAAACCUACUCAGUUUUGACUGAGCUGAACCUCCUUUUGGCAUUUCUGAAAAAUAAAGCAAUGUUUUUUAAAUGUUUUCUCUAUAUUUAUACACCCUCUUACCUUCCAGAAGAGAAAGCCAGUUCUGCAGGUGAAUUACGCUCACAGUUCUGACUGUUGUACUGACUAUGGCUGGUCCGCCUCGAGGUUCUAUGCAUUCCACAUCACAUUUGCAACCUACAUAUCUGUUGUGCCACUCUUUUAUGGUCAGGCCUGUUAUUAAAUGAUUUUUAAAUGCUAUGAAAUUCUUGGUAAAUCAAUUGUAUUCCAAUUUUGCAAAGUGAUUUUCUUCUCAAUAAAUUUACAGUAUUAGGCUGCUAUUCCGAAUCCUAAAAUCUGGGACAGUUUUUUCUAUUAUUUUAAUUCCUAGCAAUGACAGAGCUGGUAUUUUGAGACUUUCAAACUUCCUUUCUGUGGAAGAUUAAGCUAUCUAACCGGCUUAACAGCCUGUCACAGUGUGACACGGUGUCAACAGAUCCUCCUCCGUAUCUGGGACAAACCCAUCGGAAGCUGGCGUACGGGGCUGGAGGUGUUACAGCGUGGUCUCAAAGUAUGGAUUUCAGCAAGAAAAGGAGAAUGGGCGUUAGAAGAGGCAGGAAAUUCAGGGUUGAGAUUUGCUGUGGCUUGUCAAUUCUGCUGUUCACACCUUCUCCGGAGCUUGCGCCACUCUGAGGAAUGGGUUCCAGUGCGUUCACUGCUUCCUGCUUUUCCUGACGCACUCAGCAUGAUGGUUUUUGUCAGC